AAGUAUCCUGUUGUCCUCCGCGUCCAAAACUUGGGAUGAGCCAGUAAGCAGCGGCGAUAGCAAAAGAAGCUUUCUCUAUACUGUAGCAAUGGAUGCCAAUAUCUGUGCAUCUUUAGGCCUCCCAUCUCCAGAUCCCCGUAAUCAAUAUCACCCAUUAAUCCAGACUGACUUCACCAAUCUUUUCAUUCACUUCUCCCCUCCGUUAUCCACCCAUACCCUUCAAAAGCCCGUCAAAACCCACAACAUACCAAUCGCCAAAUCCCUUCCAUUUGCUUCUAAUUCUUUCUCCUCGAACCUCAAAACCACGCCCAAUUUCUCAAAAUGGCUCAAACCCACUUCAAGAAACAGCCCCAAAGUCCAAUCCCUCAUGAAGAACCUCUCAGUUUUCGAGCGAGCCCUCAUUGGAGCUGGAGGUGGCGGCAUAGCUGGUGCAUUUACUUACGUGUGUCUUCACCCGCUUGAUACCAUCAAAACGAAAUUGCAGACAAAGGGUGCAUCUCAGCUUUAUAGCAGCACACUUGAUGCUGUAGUCAAGACAUUUCAAGAGAAGGGCAUUAUGGGGUUCUAUAGCGGCGUAUCUGCGGUGAUUGUGGGUUCUACAGCCUCUUCAGCUGUGUAUUUUGGGACUUGCGAGUUUGGGAAAUCGAUUUUGUCCAAAUUGGAGAAGUUUCCAUCUGUGCUUAUCCCUCCUACUGCCGGUGCCAUGGGGAAUAUCGUGUCAUCAGCCAUUAUGGUACCCAAAGAAUUGAUAACGCAGCGAAUGCAAGCUGGUGCUAAGGGAAGAUCAUGGGAAGUAUUGUUGAAAAUAUUGGAGAAAGAUGGUAUCGCGGGUCUUUAUGCAGGGUAUUCUGCUACUUUGUUAAGAAAUUUACCUGCUGGUGUGUUGAGUUAUUCUUCAUUCGAGUAUUUAAAGGCUGCAGUAUUGAACAAGACUAAGAAGAGUCAUUUGGAGCCUAUUGAAAGUGUUUGCUGUGGGGCAUUGGCUGGGGCAAUCUCGGCAUCAAUGACGACACCGCUUGAUGUAGUUAAGACAAGGUUGAUGACACAGGUAAAUAAGGAGGUGGUGGAUAAGGUCGCUGCUGUAAUGUAUAGAGGGGUUUCUUCUACUGUGAACCAGAUUAUGAAGCAGGAAGGGUGGGUUGGAUUUACCAGGGGAAUGGGCCCUAGAGUGGUUCAUAGUGCAUGUUUUUCAGCGUUGGGGUACUUUGCAUUUGAGACCGCUAGGCUUACCAUUUUGCAUCAGUAUUUGAAGCACAAAGGGUUUAGUGAAAUGGAUGUUGCUCCUUCUUGAUUGAUGGCUAUGAAUGGAAUAUCAGGUGCCAUUGUUGGCAAUGACUACUGGCAAAAAAUUCCCUGACUACUAUUGAUAACUAAGGUCUUAAGAGAGGCUUUCAGCCUUAAAUAACUUUGCUGCAAUUAUGAUCCCUGCCUUCUCUUCACAGAUGAGGGGAUAUUGAUAUGUUUUUGUACUGCAAAGAUAUUGUUCUGAGGAUAAUCUCUUAGUUAGACAAUGUAUAAUUCCUGAGGCUGUUGAGAAUUUUAGCUGUAGUGCCAACCACCAGAGGAUGGAGCACUGUGAUUGCAUAACAGAAAUCAGGAAACUGUAGAAUAUGCACUGAAUUUGGAUCCUUUGUUCUCGAUGGCGUUGCCACAACUUGCUAUGGCCAAGAAGCAGUUUUGAGGAAAAUAUCUCAACUUCCCGGGGUGGCUCUGGUCUUGGUGAUGCACCUGAAUUGAUUACAUCUUACAAUUUAUUGCAGACGUCCAAGCGGUUUUUUGGUAGAUCCCAUCUUCUGAGAUAAAGAAAAAGCCAAUGCUUUUUCAAACAAAUGCCCUUUACAGAAGCUUUCAAAGUAAUCAAGACUGAACUUGGGUUCGUGUUCGUGUUCGACGUUCUCUGCACCAGGGCACCCAUAAUAUAUUCUUUCCAAGGCUGCCUUCUUCGUUGCAUCAGUUUCUUUUUCACUGACACUAUCAUGGUGCUCUUGUCUGCAUUUGUGGCUGAUCUGUAGAAAUUUUCAAAGGCUGAUCUAGCCUAAACUUCUGUUCUUUUUUUUUUUUUUUUUUUUUUUACUUGGCAUCUCUAUUGAAAUCUAUGCACUGUAAUGCUGCUUUUGUUGACUGAUCAGCUCAUUUUCUGAGCAUGGCUGCAAAUAGUUUUAUGCAGAAACAUCUUUACUCGACAAA